UUUGCAUCUCUGAACCGGGCACAGCGGAUAUCAUGUCUGCAAAGAGACGACUGGAUGGAGCGAGUCCUUUGUCCUUGCUGCCAAGACUACGAGCACAUGGCCAAACACGGGCGCUUCUUUGUUCAGACCCAGAGGUAUGGGAAUUCGAUUUGGCCUUGCGAAGCUAUUCGAUGCUCACUCCCCACUGCUCAGCAGGAGCUAAGCAGGGGGUGUUGAUAACGGGUUGGAGAUAUGCGCGGCGGGUCUGCCCUGUCAAAUGUCAGGCUUUGGGGCUCGUGCCUCGGACAGUGACGCACUGGGGUGGCCCGGAGCUAGCUAGCCUCGCUGACGUAUGUGCACGAACGUCUGCCUGGGCUCGCUUCAAGCACAGAAAUUCCUCUCAGCCACGACAAAACAACACUUUUCGCGCGACCGGGACACAGACGCCACGACCAAGGCACCAGGGAAAAAAAAGAAAUAAGAGCCGCCCCUUUCCGCCGAAGAGCACACUGGAGGCCAGCUCGGACCGAACCAUCAGACCGAUUCAGACUUCCAAAUCUGCGCCCGACGCGACUCCACACCGUUUUCGUCCUACCUGACGAUCCAAACACAAACUUCUGGUUCGCGAAAUCUGGCCAAGCGAGGCUACUGCUGGACUGCAGACAUGUCUGUGUGACCGGCAUCAGCCUGAACGAAACGCUUUCGCGCCAAAUCUCACUACACCGUGGACGUCCCAACACUUCCAACGUGGCCCUCUGUUUAUCCCUUCCUGCCGCGGUCGUCUCGCAAUCCAUAGCCCU